AUGCAGCUCAAACUCGUCGCUCUGACCCUGGCUGCGGCCGUCUCCAUGGUCAACGGGUACCCCAUUACUGGCAAUGAAGUCAACUGCCGUGCCGGUCCCUCGACGAAUGAUAAGGUUGUCAAGUCAUACCACAAGGGGGACGAUGUCAAGCUCUCUUGCCAGACCUAUGGCGAAAAUGUUCAGGGCAACUCCAUCUGGGACAAGACAACUGACGGCUGCUACGUUUCCGACUUCUACGUCAAGACGGGCUCAAACAGCAUGGUCACCAAGGAGUGUGGUGGUGGCACCCCCCCUGACGGCAAUUCGUCCUACAACGGCAAGAUCACCCGCAAGGAGAUCAUCUCCCGCGGUCAGUACUGGGUCUCACGCCACGUCCCCUACUCGAUGAACAAGGUAUACCCGGACCCUCAAGGCCGCAAAUACCGCACAGACUGCUCGGGCUUCGUCAGCAUGGCUCUCCAUACCAAUUCGCCAGGCUUCAGCACUGUCAGUCUCCCGGAGAUUGCCAAGCCUAUCUCAUGGAAUGAUCUCAAGCCCGGUGACUUCGUUGGUACCCUAGGUCCCGGCACUGGCGGUGCCGCCGGCCACGUCACUCUGUUCCUUUCGUGGGCCGACAGUUCCAAGAAGGAGUACAAUACCCUUGAAUGCCGCGGCACCUACGGCUGCGUCAAGUAUAAGCGCCCAGUUGGUUGGAAGAAUGGCAGCUUCACCGCCAAGCCCUACAGGUACAUCCGUGUUGUGGACUAA